UAUAAUGGCUCGUACCAAGCAGACCGCUCGUAAGUCCACCGGCGGCAAGGCCCCGCGCAAGCAGCUGGCCACCAAGGCUGCCCGCAAGAGCGCGCCGGCCACCGGCGGCGUGAAGAAGCCCCACCGCUACCGGCCCGGCACCGUGGCGCUGCGCGAGAUCCGGCGCUACCAGAAGUCCACCGAGCUGCUGAUCCGCAAACUGCCGUUCCAGCGGCUGGUGCGCGAGAUCGCGCAGGACUUCAAGACCGACCUGCGCUUCCAGAGUUCGGCCGUCAUGGCGCUGCAGGAGGCCUGUGAGGCCUACCUCGUGGGGCUGUUUGAGGACACCAACCUGUGCGCCAUCCACGCCAAGCGUGUGACCAUCAUGCCCAAGGACAUCCAGCUGGCCCGCCGCAUCCGCGGGGAGAGGCUCCCCGGGCAGCAGCAGGCGCACGGCCGUCUGGAUCUCCCGCGACGUGAUGGUCGAGCGCUUGUUGUAGUGCGCCAGGCGCGACGCCUCGCUGGCGAUGCGCUCGAAGAUGUCGUUGACGAACGAGUUCAUGAUACCCAUGGCCUUGGACGAGAUGCCCGUGUCGGGGUGUACCUGCUUCAGCACCUUGUACACGUACACGGAGUAGCUCUCCUUGCGGCUGCGCUUGCGCUUCUUGCCGUCCUUCUUCUGCGCCUUGGUCACGGCUUUCUUGGAGCCCUUCUUCGGGGCGGGAGCGGAUUUGGCGGGAUCAGGCAUCUUGAGAAGAUACUCAAGACCAGGACCCACAGAGGCACAUCCUACGCUCCUUUUUCUCCUUUUGUCAUGGCUCGUACUAAGCAGACUGCUCGUAAGUCCACCGGCGGCAAGGCCCCGCGCAAGCAGCUGGCCACCAAGGCUGCCCGCAAGAGCGCGCCGGCCACCGGCGGCGUGAAGAAGCCCCACCGCUACCGGCCCGGCACCGUGGCGCUGCGCGAGAUCCGGCGCUACCAGAAGUCCACCGAGCUGCUGAUCCGCAAACUGCCGUUCCAGCGGCUGGUGCGCGAGAUCGCGCAGGACUUCAAGACCGACCUGCGCUUCCAGAGCUCGGCCGUCAUGGCGCUGCAGGAGGCCAGCGAGGCCUACCUCGUGGGGCUGUUUGAGGACACCAACCUGUGCGCCAUCCACGCCAAGCGUGUGACCAUCAUGCCCAAGGACAUCCAGCUGGCCCGCCGCAUCCGCGGGGAGAGAGCUUAAGCCUCACUAGAAAACAAUAAACCCAAAGGCUCUUUUCAGAGCCACCUACC